UUUUGUUUAUUUAUAAAAAUCGAGAAUAGGCAUAACCAAACAAACACUCGACCGGAACCUCAAAGAGGCAAACAGACGACGACGGCGCCCCUUUCACCGGAUCUACUUCUGUCUGAAAUUUAACGCCGGCACUGAUAUCGGAAACAGUAAGUAAUGGGCGCCGAGUCACGGUACGAGAUCCACCAAAAUGCCUAUAUAAAGCUGGUCCUUCACGCCCUGAAGCACAGGACAUCCGCCGUAAACGCCGCUCUCAUCGGCCGCUCCUCCUCCGACGGUGACUCUGUCGAGAUUGUCGAUUCCGUCCCUCUAUUCCAUUCACAGAUCGGUCUCCUCCCUCCCCUCGAAAUCUCCCUCAUGAUGGUAGAGGAGUACUAUGGAGAGAAAGGAUUGAGUAUCGUGGGUUAUUUUCAUGCUAACGAGAGAAACGAUGAUUUUGAGUUGGCUAGUGUUGCUAAAAAUAUUGGUGAUCACAUGACACGAUAUUUUCCUCCGGCUGCAUUGCUUUUGUUGGAUAAUAAAAAGCUUGAGGCUGUGACGAAGGGGAAGGACAGGAGUCCAGUUAUGCAGCUUUACACAAAGGAUGCACCUAGGAGUUGGAAACUAGCUGGUUCAGAUGGAAACAAGAAGCUAACUAUCAAGGAGCCAUCAGCUAAUAUAGUCCUUAUGGAUUACAUUUCGUCUGACAAAUGGAAGGAUAUUAUAGACUUUGAUGACCACCUAGACGACAUCAGCAAGGACUGGCUGAACUCAGAACUUUUCCAGUAAAAUCCAAUGGCCGAAACAUCUUUAUUAUGGUGUAGCAAGUUCCGUUGGUUCUUACUCUUUUCUUGGUUGCUACUGCUGAGAUUUUGGAAUUAUGAUAGCCCAUAAGACCUUGGAUAGGCUGAAUAUCAAGUUCUACUUGUAGUGAAACUUUUCUAACGAUCUUUUUAUGUUGGCGAUCAGCCUGAAUUUUAAAUGUUCGUCUCUUUAUCCUUGUUGAUAUUCUUAAUUUAUUAUCCUUUUGAUAAGUUCCAUUGUUACGUGAGUUCUUGUUUAUGAAAGGAUUGAACUUAUUAAUCUA